AUGGAGCACCUACGUCCCAUGAGCUACGAGGAGAUGUGCCAAAUGGAGAUGCUUCAGUCUGCCGGUGGAUCUUCCGUAUCAUCGGGACCCCCACCAGGCGCCGCCAUGAUGCCCAUCAUGGUGAUACCCACAGCUCUACUGCCGGCUCCAGCCGAGGGGGCGGUGGGUGGUGUGCCUGGUGGAAUCCCUGGCGGUGGGCUGGUGGAGCACUACUAUCAGCUGCAGCCCACGCACCACCUACUGCCAGCCGAGGUGGCAGCCAACACCACCACCACCACCACCAACACACCGAAUCCCGGCGAAUUGGCUCUCCUGCAAGGCGUCGAACAGAUUCCACACACAAUCCAGCAUCCACAGCAGAUGAAUAUCCUGUGCACAGGAACGCUGGGACGCCCACGAAUGCCGGCAUCGGUUGCCGGGCAUAAUCCAAAUCUUAAUCCCAAUGCCGCCAAUCCCAAUCCCACGGUGGCGGCCACCUUGCCGCGCGGCUUCCAGCCGGCUGCCUUUGUUGCGGAAGUGGAGUCGGAUUUCGAGGGCAGCGAGUGCGGUGCCAGCGGGAUGACCACCACCUGCAUGCCGCACUUCCGCUUCGGCGGCUGCGGCCUUCAGUCCCUGCAACACCAUCCCCACCAGCAACAGGAUGCAGUGGUGGGCUGCGGUUCGCUGGCCUACAUGAUGGGUUCCGGCACAUUGGGCCGUGGCAGGCGGUUGGCCGGUGGAUUGACCGGUGGCAAACCGAAGCGGGUGUCCUUCAAGGGCGACAAUUUGCCGCCGCCAUCGCCACCGCCACCACCUGCCGUGGAAUUGGACGAGAAUGGAUUGCCAAUUCCUGGACCAGGCGAUGCCGGCGGCUGCUCUUACAUGCAUUUUGAUAACUACAUGGACUACCAGACCACUGGCUUUGGUGGAUUGCCCGACGUCACCGAACACUCCAACAUCCGCCGCACACUGUCCCGCCAGAACUCCAUCUCGAACAGCGACUCUGGCGGCGAGAUAGCCAGCAUCCAAAAGUCCAAGGUCAACUUCGGCAAUGCCAUAUCCGGCGGCGUGGUUGUGGGGGGCGACAUUGUCGGCCUGGACGCCAAGUCGCCCACCUCGCUCAGCUCGGCGACGGGUGCCGGCGGUGCCUCCGGCAAGGUGAAGGGAAAGGCCACGAGGAAGGCGAACGACGGCACGGCUGGUGGGCAGAAGGGCAGGCGCGGCUCUUGGCUGGUGGCCCUCACCCUGGUCAGUGCCAUCUGCCUGCUGGCCAUCGCUGCCACGCUGGCCUACCAGCACUUCCUCAUGGCACCCAGCCGAAACUCCCACGCCCAAAGACUGAGAAUCGUCCGACGGAUCCUGCGCGAGGUGCCGCUGGUCGACGGGCAUAACAACUAUGCCUGGAAUGUGCGCAAGUAUGCCCACAGCAGCCUGGAGCUCCACCUUAGCCACGAUCUUGAUCACAAGUCGCUGUGGGCACGGCCGGCGUGGGCACAGACCGACAUGGAGAGGCUUAAGCAGGGACUGGUCAGCGUGCAAGUGUGGUCAGCAUAUGUGCCGUGUGAGGCUCAGGGCUUGGACGCGGUCCAGCUGGCGCUCGAGCAGAUCGACAUAGUGCGGCGACUGUCCGACAUGUACGCCCGGGAGACGGUGCUGGCCACGUCGUCGCAGGACAUUGUUGAGGCGCACCGCCGCGGGCUCCUGGCCUCGCUGAUUGGCGUUGAGGGGGGCCAUACCAUUGGCUCCUCAUUGGGGGUGCUGAGAUCCUUUUACUCCCUGGGAGCACGAUACCUAAGCCUCACCCAUCGCUGCGACGUCUCCUGGGCGGGCUCGAGCGCCUCGACGGCGGAGCAGGGCCUCACGCCCUUCGGCAAGGCCAUUGUCCGCGAGAUGAACCGGCUGGGCAUGAUGAUUGAUCUGUCGCACAGCUCGGAUGCCACUGCUCGGGAUGUGCUGCAGGUGACACGGGCGCCGGUCAUCUUUUCGCACUCUGCCGCCCGCCAGCUGUGCAACUCGACGCGGAAUGUGCCGGACGACAUACUCCGUUUGGUGGCCGAGAACGGUGGCCUGAUCAUGCUGAGCUUCGACUCCGAGGACGUGGCCUGCGGGCGGCAGGCGCGACUCCAGGAUGUGAUCGAGCACAUCAAGUAUGUGCGGGCCAUUGCCGGCAUCCAGCACAUUGGCCUGGGAGCCGGCUACGAUGGCAUUGAGCUGCCGCCACUGGGCCUGGAGGAUGUAUCCAAAUACCCGGAGCUGCUGGCCGCCCUUCUGGAGGAUCACAACUGGAGCGAGGAGGAUGUGGCCAUGCUGGCGGGUCGCAACUUUCUGCGCAUUAUGGAAACAGUGGAGACGGUACGAGAUUACUGGAAACGGGCGGCCAUCCAGCCCAUCGAGCAGACGGAGCCGCAGCCCAAGACGCAGUGCACCUACAUGUCCUCGUGACCGCAGGCGCAGGCGGUGAGGCAGCGACGGGACGAACCCACGCCGACCACAGAGCGGGCAAAUCGAACCACAGCCACGCUGGCUGGAAUCCACUUCUGGCAUCCCAAUCGGGAGACGGAGGACCCCAUCUCCAAUCACACGGAUACAGCGGUGAUCGCGGCCACAGCAACCAGUUUUACGGUCAGCGAGCUGCUCCAGUAAAAUCGUUUAAAUUGUGAAAUCAGAGUUAAGCCUUUUGGUUGGCGGUUCGGUUCGUAGGUCUUUUUUUUUUUGGGAACAUAGAAAAUAAUAAAAGAAUGAGACUUUUCCAACUCUGAUAAGUGGCAAUAGUGAAUUACGUUUUAAUAUUUUCAUAUAUUUUUUAAUUGAAACACAUUUAUGUGUUAGUUUUGUCCAAUAUUUGAAGGUGAUAAUGAAAUUUAUUUUGAUUUACAGACCCCAUUUGUGGAGUUUUUAAAUUAAAGCUAUAAUUUGCAUGUCAAAAACUUACACACAAUGCAAGAUUUUAAUCUAAUUUACCCAAACACUUUUAAUUUAUUUAAAUUUAUUAUAUACCAGUCAUAACAUAAUAUUGUUCCCCCUUUUCUUGGGCUCUAUAAACAACCAUGUAUAUAUAAUAGAACUUCACCCAGGAGUGGCUUUCAGUUUGAAAAGUUUUCAUUAAGAAAAAAUAAUAAUAAUAACAAACAUUACAAUUUACAGGCAUUGCUCGUCCUUAAUUCAACAUUUAAGCAACUGUUGCGGCGAGCCUCGUGAAUAAUUAGUGUGUACUCGUAAUUUACUUCCGUAGGAUGCAUUGAUAGGCGUAUGAAUAAAUAAUAAUAAUAAUAAAUAUACUAGUAUUUAGCCCAUAAUUGUUGUGCAGCUCCUCUUAUUGGUGUUGUGGCUCUGCAUAAAUUAUGCACAGUGCGCAUACUUAUUGCUGCUGCUGUGCCACGGGGCGUAUACGCGACGCAGCUUUGCAGCGAACUCUGAACCGCAAACCAAAAAUCUUUCUUGGCUUCUCUGUGACUGUAUUAUACAUGUAGGGCACACACAUCAAUGAUUCACGCAAAUUAUCGCAAUUAAGCGCAACAUAUUUAAUCACGAACAUCACAUCACCAAUAUAAAUCAUCAAAAUGAAUUAAUUGCAACUGAUUCCACACAGCUAUGUAGGAUCAAAAGUCAGCACAAAUCAGUUAAAGGCACCAAGCCAAUUUAAAUUAUCAUUUUCCUCCGGGCUGCAUAUAUGGAUCGCACUUAAUUUAUAUAUAUUAAGUUAGUUAAGACCCAAGGAGAAACCAAGGAAAAAUCAAAAAACCAAAAACUAAACCAUAUUCUCGUGAAUGCAUUGCUACAUAUGUAUACUCCACACAAACACUCGAAGAAAAACUGAAAUACAAGUAAAGAACAGCAGAAGCAAUGAAAGCAUAAUCGAAUAGAGGAAUACGCAUUUCCAUAAAA